CAAAUACUUUACUCUUUGGCGUACCCCUAACCUUAAAUCGGCAUAAUAAGAAGUAAAAAGUUGAAGAGGUGCACAGCUUGACAAAAGAUACAUUUUAACACAAAAAAUACUAAACAGAACUAAAAAUGAAGCGUCAUUUAUCGUGCUUAUCUAAAACUGUAUUACAAAAUAAUACGACGACACACUUACCAUUCAUAAGAUUUUUGAGCACAAAAGAAGCGAUUGAGCGAAGAAAUCACCUCUUCACUUUGGAGAAGAACCGUCAAAUGGAGAAAGUUGGUAGAAUGGAGAAAAUUGAAGUCACAUAUAAGGGAAUACCUGAAGAAUGUACCAUGAUAAUGAAUAAGGAUAUUUCGACGCCUUUUGAUUGUGCUAGACACUUAAGCGAAUGGCAUACUGAAAGCAGUGCUCUGGCUCUGUUAGAUGGCAGUGUAUACUGGGACAUGCACAGACCGCUAUCUGAGAACUGUACAUUAGAAUUCCAAAAUUUUACCGUAGCGGAACCGCAGCAGGUGAACAAGGCAUUCUGGCGGACGUGCUCGUUAGCGCUCGGUGCCUGCGCAUUGCAAGCCUUUAAGGACUCCGUCGCCGUCAAUUUGCACAGCUUUCCAGGACCCGACAUACGCAGCGGUUCCUUCAUCUACGACAUAGACCUACCUACCCUACCCGAUUGGAAACCGACAGAAGUAGAGCUUAGAACGCUUAGCGCCGAGUAUAUAAAGUUAAUAAGAGAGAAACUCAGCAUAGAGCGGUUGGAAGUUGGUGAAGAGUUAGCCAAAGAGAUGUUUGUGGAGAACAAACAUAAAGGCAGUCAGAUACCUAGCAUCGCUAAAAAUAACGGUAAGGUUACGUUGUAUAGGAUAGGGAAACAUGUGGACAUUUCGAAGGGGCCCCUUAUCAGCAACACAUCUCAAAUCGGCAGAGUUACUAUCACUGCUGUUCACAAGUUGACUGGUGGUCCGGAUAGCGAAGUUAAACAGCUCUACAGAUUCCAAGGUGUAGCAUUACCGACCGGUGUUAUAUUAAACCACUUCGCGUACUCCAUACUCACUGAACGGGCUAAAAAAUUGAAUAACGCUCGAUCUCCAAUAAAUCCUUUCGGAGAGACUGUCGAUUCUGCUCGUGAACCUGUCGCAGCAAGUGCUUAGUUUAGUUUAUUAGGUUUUGUUAACAUAUUGUAUUAAAUGUUGUAGAUAUUUAACAUUUUUUUUUUAUUUGCCCUUCUACUGUUGAGAAUUGCGUAUUUAUUCCACGGAAAGAUUUUCAUUUUGUGUAAGUGAUCACUGAUCAUUAAAACAGUUUUCGCAAUUUAUGGAAAACUUAACUCUUCAAAAGG